UAACACUCUUCUCGGGCUCCACCCGGUUAGAACCGGUAUCACGCUUCCACUUUGCCCAGUCCCGUCUUGCCUCUCCAGAGUCACAUCUCCGACACAGCUGAGGCAAGACAGCCAGUGGAAAAUGCUAUACAACUGAACUCGCGCACUAGAAGCCCUCCCCGCCCGUUCCUCGAUUCCACUUCUCCUGCACAAUCUCUGCGCCGGCCGAAACCUUAAAGACGCAGUUGGUAGAAGGGUCGCGUGGUCCUCGCCGUCUCUUCGUCAGACCAAAGCUUUCCCUCUCGUCCGAUCUUUGGCUCCAUCCUUGUUCGACCGAACACGAGGGAGAGAAGCGCAAAGACCACAACCGCCCCGCCCGACAACCUUCGAACAAAAGCGAUUUGAGACAUAUAUACACACAUAAAGAAACAUGGCGGCGCGAGCAAGUACGCCGCCGGCGCCAGCGAGUCCCUCCUCCGGCUCCUCCGCUGCCGGAACGCCACCCGGAAGCGCAACCAAGAAUGAGUUUACCAAGGAACAGUUCGCCGUCGAUGACGAUGCGCCGUCCUUCGCCGAGCAGAACGCCGGCCCCGAGCUGAAGCGCAGGCUCAAGUCUCGCCAUUUGCAAAUGAUUGCCAUUGGUGGUACGAUUGGUACUGGUCUCUUCAUCGGUUCCGGCAGCGCCCUCGCCAAGUCGGGCCCCGGUGGUAUCCUCAUCGCCUACUGCUUUAUCGCCUCCAUCGUUUACAGCAUCAUGAUGUCCCUCGGCGAAAUGGCCACCUACAUCCCCGUUACCGGCGGUUUCACCACCUACGCGGCUCGCUUCGUUGACAGGUCUCUCGGUUUCUCCAUGUCGUGGAUCUACUGGUUCUCUUGGGCCAUCACCUUUGCGCUCGAGCUGGUCGCUACUGGUCUGAUCAUUCAAUACUGGAACGACUCUCUGUCCAUCGGCAUUUUCAUCGCCAUCUUCUGGGUCGUCAUCUUCAUCAUCAACAUGUUCCCCGUUUCCUGGUACGGCGAGGCCGAAUUUUGGAUGUCCUCCAUCAAGGUCAUUACCGUCAUCGGCUUCCUGAUCUUCGGCAUCUGCAUCAACGCCGGCGCCGGUCAGCUGGGCUACAUUGGCUUCAAGUACUGGCACGAACCGGGUGCUUUUGCUCCCUACAUUGUUGACCCUAGCCGCCCUGUCGCCAAGUGGGUUGGUUUCUGGUCCGUCAUGAUCCAGGCCGGUUUCUCCUUCCAGGGCACCGAGCUUGUCGGCAUCGCUGCUGGCGAGACCGAAGAUCCGCGCCGCAACGUCCCCCGUGCGAUCCGCAUGACCUUCUACCGUAUCUUCCUCUUCUUCAUCAUGACCGUCUUCUUCAUCGGCAUCCUCAUCCCCUACGAUAACAAGGACCUGAACAACAGCGGCUACACCGCGGCUGCCUCUCCCUUUGUCAUUGCUGCCCAGCUCGCCGGUGUCAAGGUCCUACCCGACAUCAUUAACGCUGUUUUGCUUACUGUCGUCCUCUCUGCCGCCAACUCCAACGUCUACUCGGGCUCUCGCAUCCUCGUCUCCCUCGCCAACGACGGCAUGGCCCCCAAGUGGUUCAAGCUCACCACCAAACAAGGCGUCCCCUGGGUUGCCGUCAUUUUCACCUCCGUGUUCGGUUUCCUCGGCUUCCUCAACCUCUCUGAAAACGGCAGCCAGGCCUUCAACUGGCUUCUCAACAUUUCGGGCGUCGCGGGCUUCAUCGCCUGGUCCGGCAUUCUCAUCGCCCACCUCCGCUUUAUGAAGGGUCUUGAGGCGCAGAACAUCCCCCGCGCCAAGCUGCCUUAUACCGCCGCUCUCGCCCCUUACUACGCCUACUACGCCCUGUUCUUCUGCGUCUUGAUCACCCUGACUCAAGGCUUCACCGCGUUCAUGCCCUGGAGCACCGAAGGUUUUUUCGUGGCGUACAUCUCGCUAAUCCUCUUCGCUGUCAUGUACCUGGGCCACAAGCUCUUCACACUCAUUGUCCACGGCGCCGCGGCGUGUAAGCCGGUCGCUGCGAAGGAUAUGGAUCUUACUACUGGAUCUUUGGAUCUGGAUGUGGAGAUUAUCGAUGAGGUCGAGGAGCCUACGAGUAUCUGGAAGAAGAUUGGAACGGGUAUCAUGGGUUAAGGGGAAGAGGGUUGUGGAUGUAAGGAUUGAUGUACGUUACGGAUCACGAACGAUGGAUGAGGAGUGGAUGGGAUAUGAAAAGGGAAUGAUGGAACGGGCAUAUACACUAUGUCUUGUAGUUUCUUUUUACACAAGCGUUUUACGUUGGAUUUUCGUUUUUGGAUGGAUGUAUACCUAGCUAAUUGCUCAAAAAGAAGGCGGCGGUGUUAUAGAUUGAUACCCCGG